AUGCUGAAGUACCUGGAGGUGAAGAGGUCGAGCGGGUCGGAGACGGACCGGUCGGAGGGGAACGAGGCGGCUGGGAACGAGGCGGCUGGCGGCUACUCCCUGGAGGAGCUGAAGACGAAGAUGGAGACGGCACAGAAGAACCACUUCGGUUAUAAAAAUCUGAAGGGGUUUCAAAUCGAAGCGGUGCAUGCAGUGUUCCAUAAGAGGGACAGCUUAAUCGUGAUGGCCACAGGGAUGGGGAAGUCCCUAUGCUACCAAAUACCAUCCCUUAUGGAGGAAGCCCAAAACAAAUUCACACUUGUAAUAUCACCCCUCAUAUCUCUAAUGAAAGAUCAGGUGGAUAAUCUCAACAGGAAGAAAAUCUCCUCCGUCUUUUUAGGAAGUGGACAGAAGGUAAGUAACGAGCAAGUGCUAACAGAAAUUAAGCAUGGUAUGUACAAAAUAGUUUAUUGCAGUCCAGAGUAUGCAUUGAACAACAAGCAACAGUUUUUAAUGUUGAGAAGGAGAAUCCUACUCGUAGCAAUUGAUGAAGUACACUGCAUGUCGGAGUGGGGACAUGACUUUAGACCAUCCUACAGAAAAUUACACGAAUUGAGAGAUAUCCUAACGGGUGUCCCAUUUAUGGGAUUAACAGCAACAUGUACGAAAGAGGUCCAAAGGGAUAUUCUAAAAAAUUUAAAUUUCAAUAUGAAGACAUGUCUGAUCAAAACAAGCAGCGUUAACAAAAGGAACCUAUUCUACUGUGUCCGGGAGAAAACAAACCUACUCAACGAUUUAAGAGAUGUGUUAGACAUUCCAUGUAGCAAAUCACUGGGGAGGAGUAAAAGAUUUAUUGAUAACUCUAAAAUAUGCCCUUAUAACUCUACCCUUAUUUAUGUGAACUCCAAGAAGGAGUGCGAGAGUAUUUUUUCAUUUUUGAGAGAGAAGGGACUACUCGUUCGAAUGUAUCAUGCGGAUUUGAGUAAUAAUGAGAAGAAGGAGGCACAUGAAAAAUUUUUAAAAGAUGAAGUACAGAUAAUCGUCGCAACGGUGGCUUUUGGCAUGGGAAUCGAUAAACCGGAUAUUAGGAGGAUCGUCCAUUAUGGCUUCUCCCGCUCUUUGGAGGCUUACGUACAACAGGUAGGAAGGGCAGGUCGAGACAACAGCAAUGCAGAGGCUAUUUUAUUCUUUCACAUAAAUGAUGAAUCAAAAAUAAAAAAUCUCUUGCUGAGAGAAAAUAUCGCAAAUAAUUUGAUCGAAACAAACUUUCAACGAGUUGAGCAUAUAAUCAGUAUGUUUACGGAGGCAUCCGACUAUGCUUACUCUACCAUCUGUCGAAGGAAAAAAAUAUAUGACUACUUUGAUGAGACUCCGGAUACGUGUGCAGAUAUAGACGUUUUCGAUUGCGAGGAUAACUGCGGUGUCUGCUUUUAUGUGAAGAAAUACGACAUGUACCUUUGUGCCAACUGCGACAAUUGUGCUAGUUACUUGGGGGGGAUUCGGGGCGGCGGCACAGACGCCGCCUCUCUGCUGAAGAAGGACUCCCGUAACGGGGUGGCUGCUACUCUACCCAGGAGCAACGUCCCCCACGCAGUGCCCAUCGACCAAGGAAUAGACCUCUCCGCGGAACUGAAGACGUUACUCAGCUGCAUUUCCUCCCUUAGGGGAAGAACAGGAGUAGGAGUUAUUUGCAAAGUGCUCGUAAAAAGCAAAGAAGCAUGCAUAGUUAAAAAGGGCUAUCACAACAUUAAGGAAUAUGGAGAUGGGGCACACAAAAGCACCAGUUGGUGGUCCGCUUUUCUUAAAGUCGCCAGGAAUGACAAAUAUGUAAAAGAAACGUUGGUCUAUAGCAAGGAUGUGAGUUACCUCAGUGUAGGUGUAACACCCAAGGGGGAGGCGUUUAUUAAGGCUGAUGGGCAAAGGUACACCGUUAAGUUGCCCUUCUUUUUGAUUGACAAGGAGAAGAAGCCAAAGUCUGGCAAAGGAGCGAAGAAGGCAAAUGGGUUCAAAAGUGCAAAUGGGUUCGGAAGUGCAAAUGGGUUCAAAAGUGCAAAUGAACCCUCUGGUCAUUUGUAUGAUGAAAGGGCUAGUCAGCGGAACAGGGGCAGCAGCUUCGGGACGGGUUUCACCCACAGAGAAAGGAAAGACUAUCUACGCAGGGAUGAAAAGCAGUUGGAGGGGGAGCCACUUUCCCCUGUCUUGAGUACUACUCACCGUAGUGUAUCCCACCAGGCGGAAGGAGUCUACCCGAUAACACAAGCAAGCGUUGAAAGGAACAACGCUAUCCCGGAAAACAAAUAUCAGUAUUUCAACACGGACAAGAAUCAAUGCCACAGGGAACAUCAAUACAAGGAGGAAAAACUAACAGAAGAAAAAAUAAAUGACUCUAUUAUGAAAAUAUUACUUAGGACAAGGAUUAUAGAAGCUAGACAACAGAACAUCCCCCCCUUUCAGCUAAUAUCCGACAAGCCCUUAAAGGACAUUUGCCACAAACGACUCACAUCUGUGCAUCUGAUUAGAAAGCAUGUCGAUAACAUUUCUCCCGUUUGUCCUAACUCCUUUUUGGAAAAGCUCAUUUCAGGCAUCAGAGGUUUUUGCUUGCUACACGAUUUAGAUACGAAUAUAAAUCUGAACACAGCUAGCCAAAAUGUGGGUUCAGCUGAACCCAUCGAUAGGGGGAUAUCCAGUCUGAACAAGUUUUCCAACCUAAUUUCGUCCUUUCAGUAUGACAACAAGAGGGAAAGGCUUGGGGGGGACUCCUCCCUCCAGCGCGCCCCCUCCAGGGAGAUAAGAAGCGGUCCCUAUGCAGGUGGGGGGAUGGGGAGUAGUCUCGCCCACAGUGGCGUCACCCACGGGGGAGUUGUUCACAGUGGCGUUACCCACGGGGGAGUUACCCACGGAGGAGCUUCUCACAGCGGAGUUUCCCGCCACUACGCGCCCAGGGAGGAAGAAACGCCCUCCUUCCAAAGUAGACACUUUAAGGGUGGCCCAAAAACGGACAUGAAAAUCGGUGUGAGUGAUAGUUGCACUUCCUACCCCCGUGGAGAAAGGAACCAUCCCAGUGGGCACCUCAUAGGGGGGGCGAAGCCUCUCCUCGAAUUUGAAACAAACCGCCCACAAAGUGAUCUCAUCGAGAAACGUAGCGCAAAGGAAACCACACUGAGCCCCUUUUGCACCACCUCGGAGGCGACCAACCAGCUGCACCUUUUUAGCGGCGACGACAAAAAUAGGCUGAUGGAUUUUUUCGAAGACGAUUUUAAAUUUGUAAAAGAGCCCAACAAGUGGGGCGGUAGCCAGUUGGAGGGUAACCAGUUGGGGGGUAACCAGCUGGGGGGUAACCAAUUACGGGGUAACCAGUUGGAGGCCAAUCCAAACGGUUCGCUCCUGGACAGCAGAAGGGCACGACAAGCCCCCAUCGGCUUGUCCAACUAUACCUUCCAGGAUGACAUGUGGAGAGGGGGGAACGCAGCGCAACCCAUGCAGAUCGCCCACGGAGCGGCCAAGCCAAAUGAAGGAAUGAUUCCAUCCAACCGAAUUGAUGCCAUUACCCAUUUGAGCACCCCGAGGGAAUACGCAAACGGAGGUGCACGGACAGGCCCAAGUGCGUGGGAAUCACCCCCAGGUGACCCCUGCAUGGAAUCCUUCCGCAUUAGGAAAACUACAGGGGAGAAUCACGUCGAUGUCUUAAACGACAAAAAAAAAAAAUUUGAUUUGAUCGAUUCAUUUUCAUAUGACUAUAAAAAAAAACAGGACGAAGAUAACCUGGGAAUGCUCCCCGGCGGCCACGGUGGCGUUUCGUCCUUUCAGGACUUAAAACGACGAAGAUUUUAA